AUGCCAGCCGCCGAACAAACCUCAGCAGACGCCCGUAGAAAGGCUGCUCGAGAAGUCAUCGAUAUUCUUCACGAAAUUGCAACAUUGCUGAACACGCAUCUCGAUCGGCAGCAACUAUCAUAUUGCGUGUCAUUGAUUGAAAAUGGCGCGAACCCAGAGGCUUUGGCGAAAGUGAUACUGCAGCUGCGCGAAGAGUAUCCUACGAGUUCGGUAGAUGGAGAUACAGAGGCGGGUGCAGCACCUGCGCGCUGA